CCGUGGAUCCACCGGGGGAAUCCCGGGGGAUGCGUCCACCGUUUUAGAAGUUGAAUUUUCUAACGUAAAAGUCACGCGAAGUUAAUUAAUAUUGCUUAGAGCUAUUCUAUUUGUAACUUGGAUACCGAAAAUGACGAUAAAAGUGGGUAUAUAGAGCGAAAAUUGAAGAGAGAUCAUUCUAGGAGGAUCCACCUCGCGGUGGACCCAGCCACAACUUUCCACCACGAAAAAAUCCAGAUAUUUACAUUAAAUAUGCCUCCAGACAACUCUUCAUGUCAUAAUUAAUUGAUAAAAUUAACCCUCUCACUGCCGAAUGCGUUCGGCGGCCGAAUAAACUUCAUCAUUAUCAGCCGGCUAAACUUUCGCGCCAAGUUUCUGCCGGGCAUGCGUGGCAACACCGCUCAUCACCUGUUCGCGACGGAGCAUAACAAAUGGCGAGCUCGCCGGUCGGGUGUUUAUAAUAUGUUUGUCGUGAAUUCUGUUGAUUUUCUGCUAAUUUAUCUUGGAAAAGCGUAUCGGCCUUCGUCCUUAAACCUUUAUUAGGUGCCAAAGUAUCGUUCGGACUACACGCAGCUGUUCAACAUCCACGCAAGAACAGCUGGGCAGCUUCAUUAGAACAUUAAAAGCGUACUGUUCACCCAAGAGCUUGAUGAUGGGAUAUGGGUUGGAGAGGAACAUAUGAAAUCGCUGCAGUUCUUUGGAUCACAGAGAGGUCUUUCGUGCAAGCGGAGGUACUUCAACCUGCGGGGCUACUUCUACUGAAAGAUCUUCUCGACGCUCAACAUCGGGUUCAACCGCGUGAGCAAGAAAGACCCAGUGACCCAUGGCCUUGACAUCUCUGUGCACUGGCUGGGCCUGGAUGUGUGUCUUCUGGUCGCAGCCUUCGUACUGGUUGGAUGCAUUGUGGCCACCUUGAUCCUCGGGCUGCUGCUGACGCUGACCGUUCUUCUACGCCAUCUCGAGCAGCAAGGUGUUCUCGAUGGAUCUGCAGAGCCUGCCCGACCAGCUGUGUCAGGCCUUGAUCACCUACAUCCCAAACGGCGCCGAGAUCAUCGCCCUCGACGCGUUCGAUGCGCAGGCUGACGACCUGGUGGAUGGCAUCACGAGCGUCAAGCCAGCGUUGGCCGGCAAAGUUCCGCCUAGCCUAGCCUCUUUUCUGCUCCAAUUGGGCGUGGCGGGCGGAUCUCUGCUCAAAAGCGUUGCCCAGAACUGCUUCUCGCUCGAGCUGUUGUUCGCACCGUACCACCUGUUCCAAACACCGCUACCAGCCAGCUGCGAGAUUGUGUGGCUGCUGUGUGGUGGUGACGAGCAGAGGACAAGCUCUACCUCUGCUAUCAGGAGGAAACGCUGCAGCCGCUAUUUCCAGAGCUGCACGAGCUUUCUUGCGGUGACAUCCUCUGGAUUGACGUCGUCUACUCGCUUGAGCGGCACAGACUCAUCACUGAGCUCCUCGCCCUCUCCCUUGAAGUGGUCCACAUCAUGCAGCAUAGUGUGGACCAAACUGUGCAGUUACUUUAGCAAUAGUUUGACUGAAUAUUGAUAAAAUAAAAUAAAAAUUUGAAAAUAGUGUUUAUAUUUCUUUUCGUGCACGAAAUAAAUUAUUUCGCAAAUAUAUAGCAAUUUUCUAAAAAUUAAUAUGGCUGCUCCUUUUUUAACCAUAUGAUCCUCUGCAUGCUCCUCUGUUGACCGGAUUCCAAGAAUACAAGAAAUUGAAACAGGAAUUCCUGCUUUUCCCUGGAAUUCCGGCAGGACAAGAAAUUAUUUUCAGGAACAGGACAUAACGGGAAUUUUGUUUCAGAACAAUUUCAAUCUUGGUCUAUAUAAAUCACGUUUAUAUCAAAAAAUAAAUUUGAAGAUAUGAUAAUAUAGACUUAAAAUACUGUUUUACGAUGUCCAAAAACAUUUCACAAAAAUCAUAAUUAUAAAUAUAUAAUCUGAUAU